AUGGCCAAAUUGUUUCUUCCUCUUAUUUUCUUGACAUCAUUCAUUACCUUCUUUUCAUUUUCAUCCCCUGCAACAGACACACUUACGCCUUCAGACACAUUAAGAGACAGUCAAACCCUGGUUUCAGCUGGUGGAGUUUUUGAACUUGGUUUUUUCAAUAAAAACUUGUCAGGUAAUUACUAUCUGGGAAUUUGGUUCAAAGCUGAUGUCGACAAGGUUGUCUGGGUUGACCGCGACAAUCCCAUAAUCGAUUCAUCUGGCCUACUUCAAAUCCGGUCUGGGAAUUUGGUUCUCACAGACCAUCGACAAGAGCUAAUGAUAGUCAACACAGGAAGUCUUUCCACCACUACAACCAACACAAGUGCAACACUUCUUGAUACUGGAAACUUGGUCCUCAAGGAAGCAGAUACAGGUACCACCAUAUGGCAGAGUUUUGAUUUGCCAACUGAUACUUUUCUACCUGGGAUGAAACUUGGUCUGUUUGGCCUAAACACAACUCAAAGAAUGUUUAACAUGUUGGUUUCUUGGGAGAACCCCAAAAACCCAGCUCGUGGCCUAUUCACCUUAACCAUGGAUGUCCUCAACUUCACAAGGCUUUCAGUUUGGCGAGGAGAUGGAGUGAAGAUGGUAAUUGCUUUCAGGGAUGAACAAGGCUUACGAUUUAUUUUUGAGAACUCAACCAGGAAUAUGUACAAUUUUAGCUACGAGUCUAAUGAAUAUGAAGCCUACUACACUUUCAGCACCAGUAAGAAUUACGACUUCAUGUGGUUUGUUAUGGGUUCAACAGGAAACCUGGACGAGUAUUUUAUGUUGGAUGGGAAGAUAUCAUCUGUGAGUCAUGCUUUGUGUGAGGAUUCAGCUGGUGGUAAUUCUGCGAGGUGCUUGACUUCGAUGCCAGCUAUUUGUGUCAACGGCGGAGAAUUCUCUGAGGUGAAUGGUUCGCUACCAUUUACAUUUCAUGGUAGUGUUUCCAAUAAUACUGAGCCUACUGAAUGUGAAACUCUGUGCUCCACCAAUUGUUCUUGUACUGCUUUCAUUGAUGAACCAAUGUGUCAGCUUUAUUAUGGAAGUAAACAGGAUCUGUUGAACAUCAUCGCAGAUGGAACAGGGCUUAUCCACAUUCGCAAUGGUGCUCAAAGUGCUGGUAGGAAUUGGAAACACUGGCUAGCUAUCAUGGGUCCUUUGGCUUCCCUCUUGGUUCUUAUUCCACUCUCCUUGUCCUGCCUUUUGCGCUGGAGGAGGCGAUUCAAAGUUAGAGCUGCAAAGAAGAUGAGAUUAGGGAGACAGAAGGAUCAAGAAUUGCCUUUUUUUAGUUUUUCUACCAUAAAGACUGCAACAAAUUACUUUGCGGAAGCUAAUAAGCUAGGGGAAGGUGGAUUUGGGCCUGUCUAUAAGGGUCAGUUAUUAGUAGAAGGGCAGGAAAUUGCAGUGAAGAGGCUGUCUAAAAUGUCAAGGCAAGGGUUGGAUGAGUUCAAAACCGAAGUCUCAGUAAUUUGUAAGCUCCAACACAGAAAUUUGGUCAGGCUUUUGGGAUGCUGCAUUGAAGCAGAAGAAAGCAUACUAGUUUAUGAGUACAUGCCCAACAGAAGUCUGGAUUCCUUUAUUUUCGAUUCAACUAAACAGGUACAUUUAGAUUGGAGAACGCGUAUUAACAUUAUUGAAGGGAUUGCUCAAGGUCUUCUGUAUCUUCAUAAGUACUCGAGAUUAAGGAUCAUUCACCGUGAUUUAAAGACCAGCAAUAUUCUGCUGGACAGAGAUUUGAAUCCCAAAAUAUCUGAUUUUGGCACGGCAAGAAUAUUUGGCGACAAUGACACAAGAGGACAAACAAACCGAGUUGUUGGUACAUUUGGUUAUAUGGCUCCUGAGUAUGCUAUGGAUGGCCUGUUUUCUGAAAAGUCAGAUGUGUUUAGCUUCGGGGUGAUUGUAUUAGAGAUCAUAAGUAGCAAGAAGAACAUUGCCUUCUUUCAGGCGGAUCAAUCCAAAAACUUGCUCAGCAAGGCCUGGAAUCUGUGGAAAGAUGACAACGGCAUGGAGCUGAUGGAUUCAGCAUUUCAUGCUUCUUGUUCAAGCAGUGAAGUUACAAGAUACAUUCAGAUGGGUCUUUUAUGUGUGCAAGAAAGAGCUAUUGAUCGACCAACAAUGUUGGAUGUUGUUGCUAUGCUUAGCAAUGAGUCAUUUGCUCUGCGUGUUCCUAAAGAACCUGCAUUCUUGAGUCAGUCAAGUUCCACAGGUGGAAAUUCAUUGCAAAGUAGGCAAACAGAUUUGUCUAAGAAUGAUGUAACCAUUUCAGAAGAGCAUGGCAGGUAA